UUAUGCGCAAGGUCGCGGCAAAUUGCCGCAGUUGUUUGCGGGUGGCGGAUGUGUUUGGUCAUCGUAUCGUAAAAUUUUACCACAAAAUCGUUGAAACCACAUUGGUUCUAUUUUAUUCAUUCGUCAAUCGAUGCAAUAACAAUUAGUCAGUGCGUUUUGUAUUAUUAAGUGCCGGUGUGUCGUCUCCAGCGAUCAUGGAGGACUUCGAAGGCUCAGCACCAGUUCGCAGAACACGUUCCGGCCGUGCCAUCAUUGAAGUCUCGCCGAAGCCUACUCGAAAGAGUCGCAAAAAAGUACAGGUCGACUCAUCCGACACCGAAAACGAACAAGCACCGCCGCGUGAACAACCCGAACAAAUCGAGCAACCUGAAAACGCACACUUUGAUGACAUCCGAACAGAAUUCGCCGAAAAUGAUUUCAAAAGCUCCGAGGAGAUGAAAGAUAUUGAGAAUGAAACAGAAAGCACUGAAAUUAAAUCAGAAACCAUUGAAAUGAUUACAUCAGACAUGCCAGAAGACUCCAACAGCAUGACAAAUGACUUCAACUCAUUCAAAGGAGCAGAAAGCUCAUCGGAUGCCAUCAACAAUGAAUCAAACAGUUGCUUUGAGGAUGGUUUUGUCAUGAGUGAGAAUGGCAACCAUGAUAUGGAGGAUAACAACAUGGAAGUGAUGGAAGAAGUUGCAAUGGAUGAAGACAUCCAGCAAGAAACUGAGGAAGAAUCAAAGGAUGGUGCUGAAAAUGCGGCCAAGGCUGACCCAGAUGCUGAGAACAUCUCAGAAGAUGAACUGCCCACAAUGCAAGCUGUAAAAGUGCCAGAAACUGAAGAAGUGUCUGAUGAAGAACUACCAGGACCCAAGAGGGCUGAAUUACCUGCUGAUACUGAGAAUGUGUCUGAAGAAGAAUUGGAGACUGUAAAGAAUAAUAAAAGAAAAUUGGAGGGUGAUGACAACGGAUCACCUGCAUCUGAUGAAGUGGCUAGCAAGAAACCGUCGUUAGAUAAAACCGCAGAGGGAGAACAGGAAGAAAAAGACAAAGCGCCUAAGAAAUUACCUGAAUUGGAUAAGUACUGGAAGGCAGUGAAUGAUGAACCUGCAGAUUUCACUGGAUGGACUUAUCUUCUACAGUAUGUUGAUCAUGAGAAUGACAUGGAGGCGGCUCGUGAAGCAUACGACGCGUUCCUCUCACAUUACCCGUACUGCUAUGGCUACUGGCGCAAGUACGCCGACUACGAGAAGCGCAAGGGCAACAAGAAGAAGUGCGAAGAGGUGUUCGAACGCGGGCUGAAGGCGAUCCCGUUGUCCGUCGAUUUGUGGAUUCACUACCUCACCUACGUGCGGACGGUCAAGCCGGAUGAUGAGGAGUUUAUUCGGUCGCAGUUUGAGAGGUCUCUGGAGGCGUGCGGGCUCGAAUUUCGAUCGGAUCGUCUAUGGGAGAAUUACAUCAAGUGGGAAGUGGAGGGAAAACGUCUUCUGCAUGCUACUAUUGUUUAUGAGAGGCUGUUGGCUACUCCUACGCAAGGAUACACACAACAUUUUGAAAACUUUCAAGAGCAUGUAAUGACAAAUCCACCGAAUAAAGUGCUGGAAGUUGAUGAAUUUCUUGCAUUACGCAAGGAAAUCAAAGCUGUGCUUAAACAGGACGCGGCUGAUGUUGCUGACAAUCCUGAUAUUCCUCCAGGAGAGGAUAAUGAAGAUACUAAUACUGAUGAAGAAACAAAAGCAAUCCGUGAGAGAAUCAUCUCGAUUCGUCGAAAAGUCCACAAAAAUACAUCAACUGCCGUCACAGCUCGUUGGAAUUACGAAGAAGGAAUUAAACGUCCAUACUUUCACGUAAAACCUCUUGAACGUUGUCAACUCAAAAACUGGCAAGAUUAUCUCGACUAUGAAAUCGAACAAGGCGACAAAUCGCGAAUAAUUGUACUUUUUGAACGUUGCCUCAUUGCGUGCGCUCUAUACGAAGAGUUUUGGCUCAAGUUUGUUCACUAUCUGCAAGGCCUCAAAGAGGAUUCGCUUCAGGCAAAAAUUAAAGACGUUUUCGAGCGUGCUUGUACAAUCCAUCAUCUUAAGAAACCCAACGUGCAUCUCCAAUGGGCUCUGUUUGAAGAGUCUGUUCAGAAUUAUAACAAAGCAGCGGAAAUCUUGCAGAAUUUAGAGAAAUCAGUUCCGAAUUUACUGCAGGUUGCUUAUAGACGGAUUAAUUUAGAGCGCCGGCGAGGUGAUCUUGAGAAAUGUUGUCAAUUGUACGAGCAUUAUAUUCAUAAUUCUAAGAAUAAGGUUAUUUCGACAAAUAUGGCGAUUAAGUACGCGCGAUUUUCGACUAUGUUGUUGAAAGACAAUGCUAAGGCGAUCGAGAUUAUCAACACUGCAAUCGCAAAAGAUGCAAAUAACUCGCGAUUGUAUCUGCAGUUGAUUGAUUUGACCCUGCAUAGAGAGGACUUCAAAGAGGAGGAUGUCCUCAAAGCGAUUGAUUCGUUCCUGGAUAAGGAGAGUACAGAUAUCGAUCAGAAAGUAAUGUUUGCGCAGCGAAAGUUGGAGUUUUUGGAGGAUUUCGGUGCGGAUAUUGCAUCCGUCCAGCAGGCGUACGAAGACUAUCAGAAAUGCAUCAAGGCAAGCAAGGAACAAAGCAAGAAAAAGGAUAACAAAGUUGAUGUGAAUAAAAAAGACAAAAACGUGCCGUCAACGACAUCCGCCUCGAAUUCGUUCAACAAUUACGGCAACUACAGUUCAUCAGCGGCCGGCUCCUACCAGUACGGUAAUUCACAACAGGGCACAUACAACCAGUACCAGCAGUACGGUCAAGGCGACCAAUAUCAGUACCAAGGCUGGCAGUACCAGGGAAAUUACGGUGGCUACAAUCAAUGGAGCGGUUACGGCAGCAACUACAGCUACCAGUAGUAGUAAUAGCGUCAUGUCACGUCGAAUUAGAUUCAAGAGUCAUUUGUUAACAUAUUGAUUAAGAUAUGUUUAAUGUUAGGUUUACUUUGACCCGGAAUCAACAUGCGUUGGAUACUUUUUAGUCGACCACGUGAAAAUUUUCAUUUUUAACUGGUUGAGGUUGAGUGCUACGUUUUGUGCCAGUGUAUAUUAAAAAUAUUUUUCAUAAUUUGUAAUAGUUAUACUUCAGUUUGUGAUUGAAUAACUCGCUUAAAGAUUGAAAUUGAAAGAGAAGCGUUCGAAUUAAACUGCUUUUUAUCGAAA